AUGCUGUAUCUCCACUAUAAAAAUCACUGGCGCGUGGACGAGCGAGAGUGCACAAGUCCACAGCACCAGCUCAGCUAUCAAGAGACUGGGGGAAAAUCAAACUUUUGGAUCACAGCACUAGAAAGCAAACCGCAUGAUCGCUUCUCCAGCAACCCAAAGUGUGUAAGCAUCAACCAUCGUGAACAGGGGGGAUCUGGCGUCUCAUCCCACAUAGAGCUUGUGAACCAACAGGCGAAGAUGGAUUCUUCUGACAGUGAGGAACAGACAUUAAACACGUGCAAUAAUAACACAGGCCCAGUUGACAGCACAUCUGAGAAUCACAGCCCAUAUGGGACAGCGGCUCGAAAGAGGAGUGCUCAGGAUGGGGUGCAGGGUGCCCCCGUCAACAAGAGAAAGUCUCUGCUGAUGAAGCCUCGCCACUACAGCCCCACCGAGGCCUGUGAAGAGGAGAGCGAGGACCUGGCAGCUCCGCGGGACAAAGACGAGCUGAGGAACACUGACACUCCAGCAGAUGGAAACUUAAGAAACGGCUGUCACAACAGAGAUUUGCUGGAGUGGUCUGAGGUGCCCUCUGAUGCCUCGCCCCAAUGUGACGAAGAAUCUAGUGAAAAGGCCACGACAGAAGAAAAUGAGCUCAAUAAAAAUGAAGACCAAAAUGAAGAAAGGAUGAGUGGUGCCUCGUCCCCACAUUCCCCGUACAGAGACAUGCAAGAAUCUGAGUGGGACCCUUAUGCACUGUCUGCCAAGCUCAACGGCUCCAGCCCAUCAAGACUGUCUGAGGAACUUUUGCAGAGAAAUGGUCUUCUGAGAGAAGAGCCAAGCUUAUACAGGCCUCAGCCUACAGAGGAGGGGGACAGUGAGGGGGAAACAGAUGCGGACAGGCCGGGCCGACUGGACGGCUGGGCUCUGGGUUUUCAUGAGAAGGCUCUGGAAAUGAGAGGGGGCAGGGUGAACUUCAGCCUGUUAGAACAGGCUAUAGCUUUGCAAACAGAGCAGCGGCAAGUGCUGCACCACGCCUACAGGGAAAUGGACCGCUUCCUCUUGGAGCAGAUGACCAAUGAGAGACGACACCAAAGAAUGAUUGACCUGGAGAGACUUGGCUACCACACAGGCAAAGAUUCGCCACGACCUGAAAAAAGGGACAUCAAGUGCCCGACUCCAGGCUGCGACGGCACAGGUCAUGUGACUGGCUUGUACCCACAUCACAGAAGUCUAUCUGGAUGCCCACACAAAGUCAGAGUCCCACCAGAAAUCCUAGCCAUGCACGAGAAUGUCCUAAAGUGUCCUACACCCGGAUGCACAGGGAGAGGCCACGUGAACAGCAAUCGUAGCACCCAUCGGAGUCUGUCAGGCUGCCCCAUCGCUGCCGCUGUCAAAGUCUCCAAACCUCAAGAAGAGAGUCUGAAAAACAGACAGACACCCGACCGUUCACCCAGAGCCAUUGGUUUGAUAAGGAAGUUUGAGAUGAACCAGUUAAACUACAGGCUCUCUCAUCCAGUAGCAGCCUUGCAAACAAGCCUAACGAAAGAAAUGGACAAGUAUAGCAGAAUCCGCUUUGAUUACGCCAGCUUUGAUGCACAGGUCUUCGGCAAACAGCCACUGAUGGGGAGUAACCAAGAGCAAGAAAUUGCACAUUUCCCUGAAUCCCCUCAGCAGUAUACUGGCUUCCUUGAUGUGUCAGGUCAUCUGCCACACUCAGGCCAGCACAGCCCACCAAGUCAAUUCAAAAAAGAAGAGAGUCUCCAGACAGCCGCUGCGACGGCCGCUAUCCUGAACCUCUCUACUCGCUACAGGAAGAACAUGGAGGUCGUCACAGACCGGCCUUUGGCAACAUCCACAAAGGAGAUGCCCAUAGAGGUGGACGAGAACGGCACCUUGGACUUGAGCAUGAAAAAAAGCAAGGAGCACCCAAAGGCUCCAAUGAAGCAGCCUCCUGAAGAGCUGCCAUCUCCUCUGAACGCUGCGAUGGUCAAGGGUGGAAGCAUGCUCAUCAGCCCGGCGUUCUACAAACCACUGUGUGAACGAGACAGCUGGGAGAGCCACUUUCCAGUCAACUUCAGCAAACCUCACAUUCUGCAAGACGAGGAGGAUUUUGAUCAUGUCUCUCUGGAGGAGCAGCACUACCAGGGAGAUGGCCUGUUGAGCGCCAAAGCCAAGCUGCUGUUAAGAGACGUGAAGAAAGAGCUGCUGAGCUGUCCAACCCCAGGCUGUGAUGGCAGUGGCCACGUGACGGGGAAUUAUGCUUCACAUCGGAGUGUGUCUGGAUGUCCCCUGGCUGACAAAACUCUCAAAUCACUGAUGGCAGCCAACUCUCAGGAACUAAAGUGCCCAACACCUGGUUGUGAUGGAUCUGGUCAUGUGACUGGGAACUAUGCUUCACACAGAAGUUUGUCUGGAUGUCCGCGCGCCAGAAAAGGAGGCUUGAGGCUCACACCAAACAAGGAGGAGAAAGAUGAGCAAGAGCUUAAGUGUCCAGUAAUAGGAUGUGAUGGACAGGGCCAUAUAUCGGGGAAAUACACGUCUCACCGCAGCGCGAGCAGUUGUCCACUGGCUGCCAAAAGACAGAAGGAGUCGUCCAUCACUGGGUUGCCCUUUGCCUGGAAGGCCAAUAAACAGGAACUGCCCCAUUGUCCCCUGCCUGGCUGCAAUGGCCUUGGACAUGCCAAUAAUGUGUUUGCCACUCACAGAAGAUAUGUCAUUUUUGACCUGCUGAACCACAGCUUAUCAGGUUGCCCGCUGAAUGCACAAAGUAUCAAGAAAAAGCAUCCAGAAGAAGAGAUGACUAUCAAAGUGAAAACUAGCAGUGGUGUGGAAAAUAAGGAUGACAUUCAACACUUGGAUCAUGAAAUAAAGGAACUAAGCGAUUCCAACAUGAAAAUAGAAGCUGACAUGAUGCAGCUCCAAACCCAGAUUUCAUCAAUGGAAUGUAACCUGAAGACAAUUGAGGAAGAGAACAAGAUGAUUGAACAGCACAAUGACAGUCUUCUGAAGGAGCUCGCACGCCUUAGCCAAACCCUCAUUAACAGCCUCACAGACAUCCAACUGCCUCAAAUGGGACCCAUCAGUGAGCAUAAUUUUGAAGCCUAUGUGAACACAUUAACUGAUAUGUACAACAACUCGGAGCAUGAAUACUCUCCAGAGUGCAAAGCCCUCCUGGAUAAUAUCAAACAGGCUAUUAAGGGCAUCCAUGUUUAA